AUGGAGGGCCGCAUCAAGGAGCUCCUGAUGCCCGUGCACGAGGCUGUGGAAGGAAGCUGGUUCGCCAAGCUGAUGUUGCUGGUGCUGCUAAGCAAGGCCGGUGCCUUUCGCAUCUGGUGCUGCGGACCCGUGCUGCGGUCGAAGGCCCCGGAGCCCAGCCCGCUCGUCAUCCUGCUUUCCGCCAUCAUGGUCUGGAUGUACAUCGUGGAAAGUAUGCCAAAGCUGGUCCAUGUCUCACUAGACGAGUUUGCACCAACCAUCCUGCUGAAACUGGUGAUGCUGCCAGGCGUGGAUCCCACCGGGCAGGGUGUUACAGUGGCAGUGGCGCUGUGGGCGAGAUUCUCAGCGAUGUUUGUAUUGACUUACUUCACCAACGGUCUCCUGCUGCUUGCGGUUGAGACUUUGUGCCCACGCUUGGUUGAGAACUAUCGCAUCCAGAUGCUGAAGUCAUCCAGCAGGCCGCCAAUGUCCGUGCUGUGGCAGCGGCCUCUGCUGCUUUGGACAUCGCUUGACUCGGGAGCCACACCGCGCUCAUCCGAGGAAGAACCUCGCUAUGACGAGCUUCGUGGUGCCCGGGUCGACAGAGCUCAUGUCGACACUGCCACAGCCUGCACCUCUUUGACAUUGAACAGUUCUGAGGUACUGCCUGUACUAUUGGCUUUGUUGACGCCUUGCUGGCAGCGCUUGCGAAGCUUGGCCUCAGCUCUCAACAUCAUAGGGGAAUCAAAUGCAUUUAUGCUGGCCGGAUGCGAAAAAGGAGUGACCACGGCCUUGCCGGGUCCGUGGGAGAUGUUCACUCACAUAGGAUUCGGCGUCAUCGUGAACGAGGUUCUCUUCUUCUAUGGGCACUGGCUCUUCCAUGCCAACAAGUUCUUGUAUAAGCACAUCCACAAGAUCCACCACGAGUUUAAGGCUCCCAUGGGCCUAGCAGCGAUCUAUUGCCACCCAGUCGAGUUCUUCGCAGCGGAUCUGAUGCCGCUUGGAGCCGGCCUCGUUGCAGUACGGACGAACGCUUUCACUGGUGUGGUGUGGAUGGCAUUUGCAGUUAUGGCAACGCAGACACACCACUGUGGCAUCCGGUGGCCUUGGAUAGACUUCUUCUCCUUUCAGGCCGAGGCGCAGCCGAACUUUCAUGACUUUCAUCAUGAGAAGUUCAAUGUGAACUACGGAGCCAUGGGCUGGUUGGAUGAGUUGCACGGCACUUCUUGGGACUGGAAGAAGGACUUCGUGGGAAGGAGAAGCCUUCCCAGCAGGCUAUGGCAGGUCAAGUCAACAGAUGCUUUAAAGGGUACAGACUCGGUGAGCAUGUGGCGGCUAAAGCUGCGAAGGUGUGAGAUGGCAGAGAAGGGCCUGUGUCAGCAGCUGCGGGGUGAGCCACUCCGGACACCGGACUGCCUAUUCUUGCUGGAUGCUUGCCAGGCAUUGCAAGCCGAGAGACGAGCGGCGCAGCUUUGCAGGAGCUUUGGCUUCAAUGUCGCUGCGGCCAGCACCGUGCUCGGGAGCCUGUUCUGCGUCAUCCUUAUGGAGGGCCGCAUCAAGGAGCUCCUGAUGCCCGUGCACGAGGCCCCGGCUGCCCAAAGAGGCAGUGGCGCGCCACAUGCCGUGCUUUUCAGUUUCCAGGCUGUGGAAGGAAGCUGGUUCGCCAAGCUGAUGUUGCUGGUGCUGCUAAGCAAGGCCGGUGCCUUUCGCAUCUGGUUCUGCGAGCCCGUGCUGCGGUCGAAGGCCCCGGAGCCCAGCCCGCUCGUCAUCCUGCUUUCCGCCAUCAUGGUCUGGCUGGCUGUCAUAGAAUUCAUGCCCAAGCUGGCGAUACCCAGCGUAGAUCCCACCGGACAAGGCGUAACAGUCGCCUUGGCCCUAUGGGCGAUGUUCGUGGUGACUUAUUUCGCGAAUGGAACGCUCCUGCUCGCAGUGGAAAAGCUGUUCCCGCAGUUGGUGGGGGACUAUCGCAUCCAGACGUUGAAGUCAUCAAGCAGACCGACAAUGUCGGCUCUCUGGCAAAACUUGGCAAGGACGAGCUUCGUUGUGUUGCCGUUGCUGUUGGCGGCCUUGAUCCCUGUUUGGCAGCGACUACGAAUGCCAUCCGUUCUACCAGGGCCAUGGGAGAUGUUUGUUCACAUAGGAUUUGGUGUUAUUGUGAACGAGGUACUGUUCUUCUAUGGCCACUGGCUAAUGCAUGCCAACAAGUUCUUGUACAGGCAUAUCCACAAGAUACACCAUGAAUUCAAGGCGCCAAUGGGAUUGGCUGCGAUCUACUGCCAUCCCUUGGAAUUCUUUGUUUCAGAUCUAAUGCCGCUUGGAGCGGGUCUAGCUGCAAUUCGGACCAAUGCCUUCACCGGUGUGGUUUGGAUGGCCUUCGCAGUCAUGGCGACGCAGACACACCACUGCGGCAUUAGAUGGCCAUGGAUAGACUUCUUCUCUUUGAACGCUGAGGCGCAGCCGAACUACCACGAUUUUCAUCACGAAAAGUUCAACGUGAAUUAUGGCGCCAUGGGAUGGCUGGAUGAUUUGCACGGAACAUCCUGGGACUGGAAGAAAGACUUCUGGGCAAGACGAGGAUUUCCAAGCCAGCCUGCUGCAGCGAAGGCUGCAUAG